GCGGGUGUCAUGGCCACCUCCAUGCUGGGUCCUGUCCGCGGCCCGGGGCCGUUGGGUUUGGCCGGCCUGUUCCAUCACCGGCCGCCUCGGGAGGCGUGGGAACGUGUGCGGCGGCUCCCGGGACCCUCGGCAGUCCGGCGCAGCGUGGCGGCAGCCAGCGGGCCCGGCGUCCCGGGUUCCGACCACUACUGCCUGGAGCUGCUUAGGAAACGGGAUUAUGAAAGUUACUUGUGUUCCCUACUGUUCCCUGCAGAAUGUAGAAGCGCUGCUUCCGCACUGAGGGCCUUCAACGUGGAGCUGGCUCAGGUUAAGGACUCGGUCUCAGAGAAAACAAUUGGACUGAUGCGAAUGCAGUUCUGGAAGAAAGCUGUGGAAGAAAUCUACUGCGACAGCCCGCCUCACCAGCCUGUGGCCAUUGAGCUCUGGAAGGCUGUCAAGAGAUAUAACUUAACGAAAAGAUGGCUUAUGAGAAUCAUUGAUGAAAGAGAAAAAAAUCUGGAUGACAAAGCCUAUCGCAGUAUCCAGGAACUUGAGAACUAUGCUGAGAAGACGCAGAGUUCCCUUCUUUACCUGACGCUGGAGGUGCUGGGCGUGAGGGACCUUCAUGCAGACCAUGCUGCAAGCCACAUUGGGAAGGCGCAGGGCAUCGUCACGUGCUUGAGAGCAACGCCCUAUCACGGCGGCAGGAGAAAAGUGUUCCUGCCCAUGGAUGUCUGUGUGCAGCAUGGUGUUUCACAAGAGGACUUCCUACGGCGGAACCAAGAUAAACGUGUGAGAGAUGUAGUAUAUGACGUUGCCAGCCAGGCACACUUACACCUGAAGCAUGUCCUUCUCCGGGAGCGUUCCUUCGAGAGCACUUCCUGCUUUUCUUCAGACGGUGAGUGCCUCAGCAGACAAGGCUGGGUGAGCCGAAGCAGAGAAAGACCAUUUCUUAUGUUUGGCAAGUCCCCGGGUACUUCUUUUGGCUGUUUCCCUGCGUCACAGUGGCUGGUUGGUCUGUGAGGGUCACACCUGUAUUUCUGUGUUGUCAGUAGCACAGGCUCCGCAGCCAGGCUGCUUUGUGUUUACUCCCCUCUGUCCCUUUCCAGCCGUGGGGCCUCAAUUUCUUUAACCCCUGUGUUUCUCAGUUAGACUCAGUAAAAUGGAAGUAGAGAAGAAACUACCUUGUGGGAGUGUCUCCAUGGUAACCUGAUCAGGAGGUAGCACCAGCUCAGCUGGCUCCACUGGAAUAACCUGGAAACCUUGUGGGAAAGGUAGCUUUCCGGGGCUCAGAUUCCCCGCGGCAGGCCGGGGAGAAGGCUCAGCAUCUGAAGGUGCUUCUUAUGUAAGGCUGGUGGUCUGUGUUCAAACACUCCUCAGAGCUCUCAGAUGUGGGGCCAGGGAGGUGCCGGAUCUGGAGCUCAUGGUGUAAGAGGACUGAUUGCUCUGACCUACACACACACCACAGCACGCCUGUGCGAGAGCACUCAUGAUCACGUGCAUCAUAGCACACAAUAGAAAAUCGUCUAGAAUGAAAUAAAGAUGAGGCCUGAUUAAUCCGUUUGACACCCACCCGGUUCUGUGCUGCAGAGCUCCAGUGGGCGCUGUGGAUGUUGUUGAGAAGGGCCUGGGCCUCCUAGAAUCAUCCAGUGCAAAAUUCAAUGCCGUUUGGUGUUUGAGAGAGUGGCCAUUAAGGGUGCAGGUAGCUCAGGUGGUAGAGUGCCUGACUAGCUAGGCCAGCCCUCUAAAACUGGGUCAUGAGCUUCAUGAACUGUGGUCCUGCACACCUGUGCGGACUGCCGCUGCUUGGGCGGUAGAGAUAGGAGGAUCAGGAGUUCAAGGCUAUCCUUGGCUACGGAGUGCAAGGCCUGCCUGGGAUACAGGAGGCUUUUUUUUUUUUUUAAGUUAGUGAAAUUUUACAAAUUAGCCCAAACAACAGACAACCAAAACGAAAUAACACUAGGUAAUUCCCAUCUUGCCUUCAUCCACGCAUGAUAGGUGAUGGGUAGGGUGACUUUUAUAGGACCGGUGAUGAUUCUUUUUGUUUGAAAAUCUUGUUUUCUAGCAAGAACAGAGAGACCCAUUAUACUUCAAAAAAAUAAUUUUUUAAAAGGUCAACGUGCAGGGCUGGAGAGAUGCUCAGUGGUUAAGAGUGUCUGCUGCUCUUGCAGAGGACCUGAGUUUAAUUUUCAGCACCCAUCAGCAACUCUCCCAUCAGCCGUAAAUCCAGCUCCAGGGGACCUGACGCCAUUCUUGUAACUGCAGGUGCUGUUAAAUAAUCUUUAAAAGUUAAUGAAUAUUCAACCUGAACUGUUUGAGUACCCUCCAUGAAUAAAUAAUUAAGUACAUAACUAAGUAAAUAAACCUUGAAAAAUAAAUAAGCUGGGAGCAAUGGCGCACACCUGUAAUCAAUCCAGCACUCGGGGAGGCAGAGGCAGGUGGAUCUCUAUGAGUUUGAGGUCAGCCUGGUCUACAAAUCGAGUCCAGGACAGACAGGGCUACACAGCCCUGUUUGUUUGUUUGUUUGCCUGUCUUGAAGCAAACAAAGUCAGGUUGAGCUUCAUAACACACUGCAUUUGGAGAUGUUUCCUUCUCCUUGAACAUUUUUUGUCUGUGACGGCAGGCAUUGUAAUCCCACUACUCCAGAGGCUGAGGGAAGAUGAGUGUGUAUUUGAGGCCAGCCUGGGGUGCCUGCUGAUACGAAUCGAUAGCUGACUGUUACAAAAAAGAAAAACAAUUACUUAAUAUUUGGUCUUUGGUUUCAAACUCAGGCUCUCACACAUAUGUUGGUCAUUCCACUUCCAGCCCACUCCCAGCUGGACAGUCCUUUCCCUGUUCCUCAGAAGCCAGUAAUAAGGCUGGAUGGACAGCUCUCUAAUGCUUCGGUCUACAUUAUGUGAUCAAAAGAGGCCCAGUGUCCACAGCACUGGCUUUCCCGGGUUACCUUCUCACUAGUUGCACGCUUACUGCUCUAGCUGUUUCCAGGGAGAUGCCUUCCUUUCUCUCUCAGCUGGGACUCCAGCUCCAAUCUUCUUUCUAAAAAUAUAUUUAUUAUUUAUGUAGCAUUCUGCCUGCACACCCGAUCUUACUAUAGAUGGUUGGGAGCCACCAUGUGGCUGCUGGGAAUUGAACUCAGGAUCUUUGGAAGAACAGCAAGUGUUCUUAACCUCUGAGCCGUUUCUCCAGCCCCCUCCAGCUCCAACCUUUAAAACAUUUUCAACUUGGCCAGAUAUGGUGGUGUAUAACUUCAGCCCCAGCACUCAGAGGCAGGAGGAUCUCCAUGAAUUCAAGGCCAGCCUGGUCUACAUAAUGAGUUCUAGGCCAGCUGGGGCUACAUAAAGGGACCUUGUCUGGAAAAAAAAUAUUUUUAUUAUGUAAUACCACCCCAGGAAACUAAAAAAAAGCUUUAAUACUUGUACUUUGUCUUUGAAGUAGGUCUUACUGUGUAGCCCAGACUGGCCUUGAUUCCAUUCUGCUGAUGUCUCCUCACUGCCUGGAUCACGGUGUGAGCUGUCCCAUCCAUCUUCUUUUCUGUUGUUUUGAGACAGGUUCUCCCUGAGGCCCAGGUUGGCCUCUGCCUCACCACAUAGCACAGGGCAACCUCAAACUGACGGCAGUUCGCCUGCUCCGGGCUUCUGAGUGCUGCCAUUGCAGGUGUGGCCACCAUGCCAGGCCGCACUUUUUCUUUGGUUUGUUCAGGGAAUUUGAUCCGUUUACGAUCUAGUGACCACUGUUCUCU